AUGGACAAACCGGAAGUUGACAAGGCAGAAGUUACCCACAUUGAUUCUGUUAAAGAGCAAGAUGUGGUGGACAAGCCAGAGAUUUUGCAACAAUACACCGAUGAAGAAAUCGACGAGAUCCACAGAAAGGUGACAAGAAAAGUCGAUAUGAGAUUGCUUCCGAUGUUGGUGAUUUUGUACAUUUUAAAUUAUUUGGACAGAAACAACAUUGCCAGUGCCAGAUUGGGUGGCCUUGAGGAAGACUUGAACUUGAAGGGAAACCAAUACCAAACAUGUAUUUCUAUUCUUUUUGUUGGUUACAUUCUUAUGCAAAUUCCAGCAAACAUGUUGUUGAAUAAGUUUAAAAAGCCAGCUAUUUUUAUCACUGUCAUUAUGGUGUCAUGGGGUACUGUCUCCACCUGCACGGCGGCUACUCAAAGCUACGGCGGAUUAUUAGCCAUCAGAUUGAUUUUGGGUUUUGUGGAAGCUGGUUUCUUCGGCUCAGCUCUUUAUAUCUUGUCCUGUUGGUACACUAGAUCACAACUUUCUUUAAGAAACUCCAUCUUGUACUCGGGCUCAUUACUUUCGGGUGCAUUUUCCGGUCUUAUUGCUGCGGGAAUCGUUGACAAUAUGGACCAUGUGCAUGGAUUGAGAUCCUGGAGAUGGUUGUUUAUCAUUGAAGGUGCCGUGACAGUUGGUAUUGCGCCUAUUGCAUACUUCAUUUUGCCCAACAUGCCUGGCAACUCCAAAAUGUUGAACGAUUUGGAGAGAGAGGUCUUGUUGUACAAGAUUAGAUGUGAAACCGGCCAAGAUGACACCGAUAGCAUUAACAAAGAAUCAUACUGGGGCUCCUUCUUGUUGUGUGUGAAAGAUAUUAAAGGUGUGGGCCUGUGUGGGUAUUCUUUCGUGGUUGGUUGCUGCUUGUGGUGUCACUAA